GCAAAUCAGGUGGCAUCUGACAUGACGGUCUCUGUCAUGAAGACCUUGAAAGUGCACAGCUCUGGGAAGCCAGUUCCAGCGUGUGUGGUCCUGAAGAGGGUGUUGCUAAGGCACACCAAGGAGAUUGUGUCCGAUUUGAUUGAUUCCUGCAUGAAGAACCUGCAUAAUAUUACUGGGGUCCUGAUGACUGACUCAGACUUUGUCUCAGCUGUCAAGAGAAAUCUGUUCAACCAAUGGAAACAAAAUGCUGCAGACAUCAUGGAGGCCAUGCUGAAGCGCUUGGUCAGUGCACUUAUUGGUGAGGAGAAGGAGACUAAGUCUCAGAGUCUGUCAUAUGCAUCUUUAAAAGCUGGGUCCCAUGAUCCCAAAUGCAGGAACCAGAGUCUUGAAUUCUCCACCAUGAAAGCCGAAAUGAAAGGGAGGGACAAAGGCAAAAUGAAAUCAGAUCCAUGCAAGUCGCUGACUAGUGCUGAGAAAGUCGGUGAACACAUUCUCAAGGAGGGCCUGACCAUCUGGAACCGAAAGCAAGGAAACCCAUGCAAGGUGGCUACCAAAGCAUGCAGCAAUCAAGAUGAGAAAGAAGAAAAGAUCAGUGCUUCCACAGAUUCACUGGCCAAGGACCUGAUUGUCUCUGCCCUUAAGCUGAUCCAGUACCAUCUGACCCAGCAGACUAAGGGCAAAGAUACAUGUGAAGAAGACUGUCCUGGUUCCACCAUGGGCUAUAUGGCUCAGAGUACUCAAUAUGAAAAGUGGGGAGGUGGCCAAGGUGCCAAAGCACUUCCAGUGAAACACCUAGAAUCUCACAGAGCCCCUGGACCAUCCACCUGUCAAAAGGAGAACCAACCCCUGGACUCCCAGAAAAUGGAUACCAUCAUUCUAAAGCUGAUUGAGAAACUGCUUAAUGAGAACCCCUUCAAAGGUGAGGAUCCACGCGAAGGUGAGAACAAGCAUUCUGAGCCCAGGGCAAGCAAAGCAACUUACAUGUCCAAGAGAUCUGACAAAGGGGAAGAACAAUGCCAGGACCAUCAAGAACUUGACUUUAUCAGUGGGAUGAAGCAAGUGAACUGGCAAUUUAUACAUAAACUGGUAGAAUCUGUCAUGAAGCUCUACCUUAUCAUAGCGAAGUAUAGCAACGAUGGGGCAGCCCUUGCUGAGUUGGAAGAACAAGCAGCCUCGGCAGAUAAGCCCAAUUUCAGGGGCACCAGGUGCAUUCACAGCGGUGCAAUGCCACAGAACUAUCAAGACUCUACAAUUGUCAAUCAUCAGUGCUCCACAAAUAGCUUGCAGAAGCAGCUCCAGGCUGUCCUGCAGUGGAUUGCAGCCUCCCAGUUUAACGUGCCCAUGCUCUACUUCAUGGGAGAUAAGGAUGGACAACUGGAAAAGCUUCCUCAGGUUUCAGCUAAAGCAGCAGAGAAGGGGUACAGUAUAGGAGGUCUUCUUCAAGAGGUCAUGAAGUUUGCCAAGGAACGGCAACUGGAUGAAGCCGUGGGAAAGGUGGCCAGGAAACAGUUGCUGGACUGGCUGCUCGCUAACCUGUGAGCUGACAAUUUCUUUGACUCGUCUUCAUCUUAGCCCCCCUAGCAGCAUUCCAUCCCAGCCAGAGCACCACCACCAUCAGGCCAGUCAACUGCACAAUACACAACUGUGUUUCCCAAUACACUUGAGCAGUUGCCUGUGAAUGUAAGAGGUGUCAACAAACUGGGAAAGAAAAUGAAUUUAAAAAAA